AUGGGUAGUUUAUUUGUAAAACCACCUACAUCUAUUUUUACAAUGUUUAUAUGUAACGAACAGCAUCCUCAAAAUACUGUUCUUAAUUGUUCUGAAUUAAUAAGUAUUUUAUAUGAUCAGUUAUCAGAUCCUGUUGACAAACUUAACUUCAAAUUAACAUGUAGAACUUUUUAUAAUAUAACUAGAAAUAAAAUUUCAAAUUCUCAAGAUUCAGUAUGUAAUAAAGACUCAUAUGAUGAGUAUGGUUUUACUACACAAGGUUCAUACUAUAGUCUUAGAAAUAAUGUUCUAUGUAUUCAACUUCAUUUUGGAAAUUUUUUCCUUCAACCAGAUUUUGAUUUAUUGGCUCACAAAAUUAAAAACAAUAUUAAUAAAGUUACCAAAUUAAAGAUACAAUUUGGUUGGUUUAAUUGUAUAGAAGCAUUGGAAAGAUUAGAUAUUUUUCAAAAAAUUAAAAUUUUUGAAUUUACAAGAUUUCCACUACAACCAAUACAUAUGCUUACUUUUAAAUAUUUAAAAUCAAUGAAACCACAUACAGUAAUUCUGGAUUGUUCUUUAUAUGAUUUUUAUGAUAAUGAAAAUAAAAUUAAUGAAAAAUGGUUUUUUCCAAAAAGUAUGAAAAAUUUAUCCUUUAAGUGUUCUGGAAAAUAUUGGGCUAAUUUAUUAUUGGAAGGAUUAAUUUAUUUUAAUCCUAAUGAUCUUGAUAUAUUAGAACUUACAUUUAAUAAUUGCCAUGAUAUAUAUUCAAAAAAUGCAAAUAAAUUAAAUAUAAUAUCUGAGUACUUCAAAAAAGUAAAUAUUAUAUAUAAUGGAGUUUAUAUCAUUGAUAGAUUUUAUAAACUUGUUGAAUCUUUUACUAAUAAUUAUAAUUCAUCAAAAUUCAAUAUAUGUAUUCAAGUUGAAAUUUAUGAUGAUUUUUGGGAUGUUGCUUCAUCAAAUGUAUGUAAAAAAAUAGAAUUAUUAUGGAUAUUUUAUUUUACCGAACCAAAUAGAAAAUUUGAUAACAAUGCUGAUAUAAUAUGUGAAAAUUUAUCUAAAAUGUCUAAUUUAAAAACUUUAGUAAUUGAUUUUAAGAUGUUUAAAAGUGGAAGAAGUUUUAAAAGAAUGAUUAAUUGUUUAAAUAAAGAUUUAAAAAAUAUUCAAAUAACUGGAUGCCAAAAGUUUCAAUUAAUUCACUUAGAAUAUAUGGCAAAGAAAUUUAAAAAUAUUGAAAUUUUAUCAUUACAUGAAGUAUUGUCAAAUGAUUUAACAAUAAUAGAAAUAUUUAGAUUGUUUCCUUCUCUUAAAAUUUUGGAAGUAUUCUUUUCAAAGUCUUUUAAAUCUUCUGGUAUCAUGGAUUUUUUUAAAGGUGAACCAGUAGAAAAUGAAUCUUAUAAAUUUAAAUGGCCAAAAACUAAAUUUUUAAAUAUUUUUACAUACUACCCAGAAGAAUAUGAAUUUAAUGAAUUAAAAUUAAUUGAAAAACAAAUUCCAAGAAAAAGUGGACAGUUAAUAAUAAGUAAAGAUAAGUAUAACGCAAAUCAACUUGGUGAAAAAGAUCUUCUUAGAAUUACCUUACAAACCCAUUCUGAAUGUUGUAAUUAUUUAAAUGUAUUUAUGAACAAAUUCUUUUUUGAUAAUGUUCCGGUUUCUUUUUAUAAAAAUAUCGUUGUAGAACCAAAUAAUUUUACAUUAAGAUAUGAAGUAGAGAAUCUUAAUUUAAUUGAUUUGUUUAAUACAAUUUAA